ACACUGAUAUUGGGAAGACAUGAAAGGAAUAAAAUGAAGCAUUUUUACCUCAGGGAAAUCCAGGAAAAUACACAUGACUUUGAGUCUCAGCCAAGAGAUGAGGAAAGAAGUUAUAAAGGAAUGCCUAUAAACCAUAACAAAAAGCUGACUGAUAAGAGAGAUCGACAUGGUAGAAGUGUUGGAGGAAUCAAGCCUACUGAAAACAGGCUGGCAUUAAGCUUUCAGGAUGAACUGCAUAUUUUCAAAAGUGAAGAGAAAAUUGGUGAAUUUAAUCAAGCUGACAAGAGUAUCAGCAUUAGUGCCUCAUUUUCACCACUUCAAGGAACUUCUCCUACUGUCCAAACCACCAUUUCUAAUUCAUUUGAGAAUGAUUUUAUGCAUCCUUCAAUACUGACACAAGACCAGAGUGCAUGCAUGGAAAGCCCUUACAAAUGUAAUCAGUGUGGCAAAACCUUUCAUCGGGGCUUAAAUCUCACUCAGCAUCAGUUGAUCCAUACAAAAGAGAAAAUAUUUAAUUGUGAUGUAUGUUGCAAAGUCUUUAGUCGAAAUUCAGACCUUGCAAUUCAUCGAACAAUUCACACUGAAGAGAAAUCUUACAAAUAUAACGAGUGUGGCAAAACCCUUAAUCAUGGCUUGCACCUCACUGGACAUCAGAUAAUCCAUACAAAAGAGAACUUAUAUAAAUGUGAUGUAUGUGAAAAAGUGUUUAGUCAAAGUUCAUACCUUGCAGUUCAUCAGAGAAUUCAUACUGGAGAGAAACCAUACAAAUGUAAUGAGUGUGGCAAGGUCUUUAGUCAGAAUUCAUACCUUGCAAAACAUCGCAGAAUUCAUACUGGAGAGAAACCUUACAAAUGUAAUGAGUGCGGCAAGGCUUUUAGUCAAAAAGGAAACCUUGCAAGUCAUCAGAGAAUUCAUACUGGAGAGAAACCUUACAAAUGUAAUGAGUGUGGGAAGGUAUUUAGUAUUAGAUCAACCCUUGUCAGUCAUCAGAUAAUUCAUACUGGAGAGAAACACUACAAAUGUAAUGAGUGUGGCAAAACCUUUUAUUUUGGCUCACAUCUCAUACAACAUCAAAUCAUCCAUUCAGGAGAUAAGCCAUAUAAAUGUGAUGUAUGUGGCAAAGUCUUCGGUCAAAAUUCAUACCUUGCAGUUCAUAGGAGAAUUCAUACUGGGGAGAAACCUUACCAAUGUAAAGACUGUGGAAAAAUCUUUAAUCACAGCUCAAACCUCAGGAGACAUCAGAUAAUCCAUACAGGACAGAAAUUAUGUAAAUGUGAUAUAUGUGGCAGAGUCUUUAGUUAUAAUUCAUACCUUGCAAUUCACCGGAGAGUUCAUACUGGAGAGAAACCUUACAAAUGUAGUGAGUGUGGCAAGGUCUUCAAUCGGAAUUCAAAUCUCGUAAUUCAUCAGAGAAUUCAUACUGGAGAGAAACCUUACAAAUGUAAUGAGUGUGGCAGCUGCUUUAGUCGAAAAAAUUUGAUGAAACGAUGCGUCCUGAGGUUUCACCACAGAACUCAUAUGAGGGAUAAUCCUUACAAAUGUAAUGAAUUAGGUAAAUUUUUUGCGCCAUUCUUAAAUCAGCCUACAUAUCAGAGAAUCUAUACUAGGAAUAAAUGUUACAAGUGUAAUGAGUGUAACAAAACCUUCCUUAACAGCUCAAACCUCACUAGACAUCAGAGAAUCCACACAGGAAAAUGUUACAAGUGUAAUGAGUGUGGCAAAACCUUCAGUCGUGGCUUAUACCUCACUCAACAUCAAAUAAUCCACACAGGAGAGAAACCAUAUAAAUGUGAUGUAUGUGGCAAAGUCUUCAGUCGAAAUUCAGUCCUUGCAAAUCAUCAGAGAAUUCAUACUGAAGAGAAACCAUACAGAUGUAAUGAAUGUGGAAAAACCUUUAAUCACCGUUCAAACCUCAUUAGACAUCAGAAAAUUCAUACAGGAAAGAAGUUAUAUGAAUGUGAUGUGUGUGGCAAAGUCUUCAGUCAAAAUUCAAACCUUGCAGUUCAUCGGAGGGUUCAUACUGGGGAGAAACCUUAUAAAUGUAAUCAGUGUGGCAAGCUGUUUAGUCUAUAUGCAACCCUUGCAAGCCAUCAGAGAGUUCAUACUGGAGAGAAACCUUACAGAUGUAUUGAGUGUGGAAAAACCUUUAAUCACCGCUCAAACCUCAUUAGACAUCAGAAAAUUCAUACAGGAAAGAAACCUUACAAAUGUAAUCUGUGUGGCAAAACCUUUCUUCAGGGAUCACACCUCAGUAGACAUCAGAUCAUCCAUACCAGAGAGAAAUUACAUAAAUGUAAUAUAUGUGAAAAAGUCUUUAGUCGAAAUUCAAACCUUAUGGUUCAUCAAAGAAUUCAUACUGGAGAGGAACCUUACAAAUAUAAUGAGUAUGGCAAAUCCUUUAUUGUACUUUGA